AUUACCGACGUCGUUUCGUCUGUCACCCAAUCUGUUCCGUUCGUCCCGUCCUUAACGAAUCAGUGGCUUCUUCAGUUCCUUUGUCGGAGCCCUGUGACACCAAGAAACGAAGAUGAAGCACAGAACAUGGCCUUCUCGCUCUGGGGUCUCUCGUUUCUCAUCUCUUCCAUUUCCUAAUAUGAUCAACUCUGAUGUUUCCACUAAAAAUUCUACCUCGAAAACCCUUUCAAAGGCAUCAUCAGUGUCUGCUCCAUCAGGAUCUUCAUCACGUGAUGCCGAUUUCUCUGCCCUCCCCUAUGACAUUCUUGCGAAAAUCGCCGCUUCCUUUACCCUCCCGAACCUUCAAGCGGCGUCUCUGGUUUGUCGGUCGUGGUCGGAGGCGCUUAAGCCGUUGAGGGAGGCGAUGCGUCUUCUGAGUUGGGGAAAGAGAUUCAAGCAUGGAAAGAGAUGCGUUCGUCCGAAUAUAGACAAGGCCCUAGAUUCUUUCCUGAAAGCUGCGGCUCGGGGCUCCGCUCUGGCUAUGGUUGAUGCGGGUCUGAUUUACUGGCAGAUGGGCGAGAAGGAGAAGGCAAUUGUUUUGUAUCAGAGAGCUGCUGAACUCGGAGACCCAGCUGGCCAGUGCAAUUUGGGAAUUUCCUAUUUGCAAGCUGAACCUCCAAAAACUAAGGAAGCCUUAAAAUGGUUAUACAAAGCUUCAAUUGGUGGGAAUGCCCGUGCUCAAUACCAACUGGGGCUUUGCCUUCAUCGAGGUCACAAGGUCAAUUGCAACAUAAGAGAAGCUGCUAAAUGGUAUUUGAAAGCUGCAGAAGGAGGGUAUGUGCGUGCAAUGUACAAUAUCUCCUUAUGCUACUCCUCCGGUGAAGGUUUGGCACAUAAUCAUCAGCUUGCAAGAAAAUGGAUGAAGCGGGCUGCAGAUCAUGGUCACAGUAAAGCUCAAUUCGAGCAUGGACUUUCUCUCUUUUCUGAGGGUGACUCGAUGAAAGCUGUGGUAUACCUAGAACUUGCCACACGUGCUGGUGAAAGAGCCGCCGCUCGUGUCAAGAAUGUAGUUCUACAGAGGCUUUCAUUGCCUUCACGGGAUCACGCCAUGCAUCUUGCUGACAGGUGGCGUGCUUUGCCUUCAUGUUGACUUGUCAUGCAUUCCUGGCAAAGAGUCUCAUAUUCCCCUUGCCUUGACUACUGAUGUUGCAACUUCUUGACAAUGGACUCGACAAAGCAAGCCAGAAAAUGGGCUAAAAAAAGGAACUGACUAGGAUGCCAUUCCUACAAAUUUUGAAAGUAGUGCCAUAGUGGUCUUCCUUUAUGAAAUAACCUAGCUUGUGCUUGUAGCUCUGAAAGCAAACAAUAGAUGGUAAGAUUAUACAAGGCCACCCUUCGGACUAGUUUUGGGGUCCCUAGAAGUCACAGAACUUGUUCGUUAAUGCCUCCAAUUCAGCAGCCAUGUUCCUUUUGGAGCACGACGCCCCCUGUGGAAUUUUGAA